AUGGAGACUGUUUCUUACAAUAUAAAUGGGAAGAUUUGGAUAUUCGUGGAAGUUGGAAUUCAAGUGGAAAUUUUGAAGGACACCGACCAACUACUGUCCUUCAAACUUACUCAACUGGAUGGUGGACAAGAUUUUGUAAUGACUGUGAUUUAUGCUAGUACUGAUAGAGAUACCAGAAAAGCAUUGUGUGAGGAUUUAUAUGAUAUUGCUACUCAUAUAAAUCUCCCUUGGCUGGUAGGAGGAGAUUUUAAUGUCAUUACUGAAGCUGCAGAAAAAUAUGGUGGACUUCCAGUGCAGUUUGCAGAGACUGAAGAUUUUAGGCACUGUAUCAAUUCUUGUCAACUAGCUGAUCUUGGUUUUACUGGGAGUAUGUUCACUUGGUGGAAUGGAAGGUCCGAUGAGGCUUGCAUUUUUAAAAGAUUGGAUAGGUGUUUAGGGAAUCAAGCACUGCAGAACAUUUAUCCAAAUCUAGAAGUGGAUCACCUUAUUAAGCAAGCUCAGAUCCCUUCUAUAACUUCCAUCCCCCUUUCUAUAUGGAGCAAGGAAACCUAUGGUGAUAUUUUCAAACAAAUUGCUACAUUGGAGGAGGUGGUCCAGAUCCAUGACCAAGAAUUUGAACAACAUCCCAGUAGUUUGAAUAGAAAGAAAUUACAGAAAGUCCAGGCUGAUUUGAUAAGGUUUUAUGCUGUUGAGGAGAAGUUUUGGAAGCAUAAGGUAGGGAUGCAAUGGUUUAAAGAUGGGAAUAGAAAUACCAAAUUUUUUCAUGCUCAUGUUAAUGGAAAAAGGAGGAGAUUACAACUUAAAAGAAUUCAGGAUAGUGGUGGAGUAUGGCUAGAAGCAGAGGAUGAUAUAGCAGGAGAGGCCAUUAGAUUCUUCACUAAUCAAUUCAGUGAAGAAAAUAUUCUUGAUGCUUUGAGAUGCUUAAGCACAUACCCAAAAUGA